UCGCUCUCCACACAAACUCAGCCUGCCUGCCUCACUGACUGUCAAGCUGCAACCCACAGCGAUCGAGCUAGUGAGAGUGAGAGACGAGAGUUAGAGAGCGAGAUGGCAGCCACGGCUUCGUUCCCGGUGGUGAACAUGGAGAAGCUGGAGACCGAGGAGAAGGCCACGGCCAUGGAGAUCAUCCGCGACGCCUGCGAGAACUGGGGCUUCUUCGAGCUGCUGAACCAUGGCAUCUCUCACGAGCUGAUGGACGAGGUGGAGCGGCUGACCAAGGCGCACUACGCCAACUUCCGGGAGGCCAAGUUCCAGGAGUUCGCGGCGCGGACGCUGGAGGCUGGCGACAAGGGUGCCGACGUCAAGGACGUGGACUGGGAGAGCACCUUCUUCGUCCGCCACCUCCCGGCCUCCAACCUCGCCGACCUCCCCGACGUCGACGACCACUACAGGCAAGUGAUGAAGCAAUUCGCAUCGGAGAUCCAGAAGCUGUCGGAGAAGCUGCUGGACCUGCUGUGCGAGAACCUGGGCCUGGAGCCCGGCUACCUCAAGUCCGCCUUCGCUGGCUCCAACGGCCCCACGUUCGGCACCAAGGUGAGCGCGUACCCGCCGUGCCCGCGCCCGGACCUCGUCGACGGCCUCCGCGCGCACACCGACGCCGGCGGCAUCAUCCUGCUGUUCCAGGACGACCAGGUCAGCGGCCUGCAGCUGCUCAAGGACGGCGAGUGGGUGGACGUGCCGCCCAUGCGCCACGCCAUCGUCGUCAACAUCGGCGACCAGCUGGAGGUGAUCACCAACGGCCGCUACAAGAGCGUCAUGCACCGCGUGCUCACCCGCCCCGACGGCAACCGCAUGUCCAUCGCCUCCUUCUACAACCCGGGCGCCGACGCCGUCAUCUUCCCGGCACCAGCGCUCGUCGGCGCCGCCGGCGCCGAGGAGGAGCGCGCCGGCCAGGCCACGUACCCGAGGUUCGUGUUCGAGGACUACAUGAACCUGUACGUGCGCCACAAGUUCGAGGCCAAGGAGCCACGGUUCGAGGCCAUGAAGUCGGCCAUCGCCACCGCGUGAUGAACAAACACACUGCUGCCUUCAAUUCUGCUCCUUGUCCCUUCGUGUCCUGCAUUAUGCUUUGAGCUUGAAGCCUUGAUGAGGCUGCAAUGAACAGUGUCCAUGUGCUUAUAUGUAGUUUGGCACGGUGGUUAUGCGUGUAUCGUGGAACGGCGUAAUGUAUUUUGGUUGUCUCGGAUCUAUAUGUAUGUACGUAUAUAUUGAGUACUGUAUGUAAAGUGUGUGUAGCAUCUGAUCCAAUGUAUGAGCAGUGUGUACGUGACCAGGACCUGAUGUGCUGCUAUUACUACCACCUCAAGUGGAGGGAACAUGAAUUAUUAGUAGUUCUCAUACA